UGCAAUUCAAUUGGAGAAGUUUGAUUUACGUGUUUAAUUCUUUACGGACGGUGUUGUGUGUUGCUAAACAAUUUAUUUAAUUAAAACCUUGCAGAUUAGUAACCUUCCAAUUGUGACGACAAAAAUCUGCCUAUUCUAAUUUUUAAUGAAUAAUGCUAAGUUUCCUCUUUAAUGAAUACUUUAGUCUGCGUAUUGUGAUGAGUUUUUAUUUGAUAUUAUAAAUGCUUUGGUUGCAAAUACGUGUUUCAUACACACAGCAAGAGAGACAAGUUAAAAAUAGUUUUGAUAUCAAUUAUUUGAAACUAAAAGUAAUCUAUAUACUUUAAUAAAUCGAUAAAGAGAACGAGAAAAUGUGACUAAUCUAGCAAAGAAAUUGUUACCGAAUGUGUUAAAAGUGAAUUACUACAGGUCAAGUAAUAAAUAUAAAGCAAUACCAGUUAUAAAUAACAUAAUAAACGCCCAGACAAAAUAGAGCAUCUGGCGACGAAAGUACAAACCUGUCGCUUUUGGCCCAGUACACUAGUGCAAGCAGGCAGUUUUCGUGGGCAGGGAUCAAGUUUAACGUCAUACUAAAAAUAUAUUUGAAUGUGUUGGUUGCAGUAGGUCUUCCAGCUGUAUAAUCCCUUUUCUUCCUUCACUACCAAUACUGGAUUUUACUGUAAAAAUUUAUUGCGAGCUUCCCGUCACAAAGCAGCUGUUAAACCUACUGGAUUUUCAGCUUUUAACACUUUUUUUGGACUGCUUGCAUAUGCAACGACAAUAACAGAGCGUGUCAUAAAGCAAAACAAUGGCUUCCCAAGCAAACAUGGACACAUUCGCUGCCAAUGCGAAUUCGCCUUUAAAUUUUGCCAGUACAACGACUGAAACUGAGUGGCUAGAUGAUUUACUCCACGAAGUUCAACUUGAGCAGUUUCUAGAACGGAUACGCGAUGAUUUACAAGUGACACGUCUGGCACACUUCGAUUAUGUGCUUCCGGAGGAUCUCGAACGAUGUGGGUUGGGAAAACCAGCCGUGCGGAGACUCAUGGAGGCGGUUCGCAAGAAAAAAGCUCAUCAAUGGCGGAAAAAUAUACUUUCAAAACUCAUUGGGGGCGGUAAGCAGCCCUCGUCAAAGAAGUCACAACAAGCUGUAAAUAAGGAGCAGCAAAAUACUCAACUAACUUGCCUAAUCCAUCAAAAUGACAUCUCAUUUGGCAUUAAGUUAGGUGACGGCUCAUUCGGAGUAGUUCGUCGUGGCGAGUGGCGCACCUCCCCUAACGGAAAGGUAUUGCCUGUUGCAGUGAAGGUGCUAAAAUCAGACAAUCUGACGCAACCGGGCAUUAUCGAUGAUUUUUUCCGUGAGGUGCAGGCAAUGCAUGCUUUGGAUCACUCGAACUUGGUGCGUUUGUAUGGUGUUGUGCUAUCGCAGCCAAUGAUGAUGAUUACCGAAUUGGCGGAACGGGGUUCGUUGCUGGACACAUUGCGCAAACAGUGCAAGCACACGCCAUUAACCAAUAUUUGGAAUUGGUCGGUGCAAAUUGUUACUGGUAUGGCGUACUUGGAGCAGAAACGGUUUCUGCACCGUGAUUUAGCAUGCCGAAAUGUUCUUUUGGCCUGCGGAAAUAAAAUAAAAAUUGGUGAUUUCGGGCUUAUGCGAGCGUUGCCGCAAGAAGAUGAUUGUUAUGUGAUGUCUGAGCACAAGAAGGUACCCUUUCCCUGGUGCGCUCCGGAAUCAUUACGUUUUCGCCAGUUUUCGCAUGCCUCAGAUACUUGGAUGUUUGGUGUAACACUUUGGGAAAUGUUUACUUUUGGCGAGGAUCCAUGGGUGGGAUUAAAUGGGUCACAAAUUCUGCGAAAAAUUGAUAGGGAGGGUGAACGUUUGCAUCAGCCAGAUGCUUGUCCACCUGAUGUGUACGAGAUGAUGCUACAAUGCUGGGACAGAGUACCUGCAGAGCGGCCAACGUUCGCCGCUUUAAAAGAAUUUUUAGUGGGAAUGUCGCCGCCUUUAUAUAAAGCAGCACGUUCAUAUAACGAAGAAAAUCGAUUGCAGGUAGAUGUUGGCGAUACCUUGGCCAUUAUUGAUGGUCGUGCCGAUUUGAAACUUAUUAAAGGGCAAAAUCAGCGUACAUUUGAUAUUGGUAUUUUCCCACGUAAUAUAUUAGAGAAACAAAAGCAUACGAACAGCGACCUGAUACGCCCACUGCAUGAGAGCAUUCGACAAAGCGGUGGUCAUGCAGGAUCACCAUUUGGAUUUUGUUGGGGAGGAGCCGGCGCAAUGAGUGCCAGUGCAGAAAUUCAAUCAGAAAGAAGUCGUAAAUGCGCUUCUAUGCAACCACAAAUGCUGCAGCCCGGGCAUCAUGCCAAAGAAAGAAAAUCAGUAUCUAGCAAACAGUUUGCCUACAAUAAGCUUAUUAAUGAACGUACCGCUGAGCAGCAGCGAAACCAAUCACAAACCGCUAAAGGUAAAGGAGUGCCUAAUCAUAAACAAGGCCCACAACGUCCACCGCCACCGCAGCAGCAACAAAUCGAGGGUAUCCUCAUUGACAUUUCACCCGAAUUUGGUCUGCCUUCAUCUUCGACGAACAAAAGCGAUGCAAACGGCCCUCUAAAAGUAAAUAACUCAUUUUGUUUGUUAGAUGCGCCGAUCGAUGUACCCACGGAGGGAGAGGAGUACAAUGUAUUGCCUGGCGUAAACGAUUCAGCAUCGUUAUCGUAUGAUUCCACUUCAGCUGAGCAAGACUUUACGACCAGAACUUCACCAAUUGGCCAGAGGCUGCAGCCGCCCCCCUAUCAGAUGCCACCCACUUAUUCAAAUACCAUAGAAUUUUCGCAACAACAAACACAAUCGAUGCUUCAGCGUGAUCCAUUUGAUACUAGCAGUAUUCAAAUGAGGAGCCACAAUGAGGUCGAAAGCGGCACCAACACAAGUCCUAACGCUGUAUACUCAAAUAUUGUACGUCAGCAACAAAUUAAUGCACGAGAUCAGUUAUUGCGCGCGAAUUCAAUGCAAUCAUUAUGUAAGAGUUCAGUAUCUGCAAGAAAAAGCCUGUUCACUUCAGUAUCAAGUAGUCCUGGCAAUAAAGAAAAUUUUCCACAUUCCCUUGCCUUAGAGAACCAAAACUCUACGCCACCAGCUGGCGAAGAUACUCUGCAGUCAAGAUUAUCUACACUCAGCCUUGACAAACCAGAGAUGCAAUCUACCACGGAAGGCAAUGUUUUGCUGGACAAAUCUUUUAUUGCCGAACUGGAGAAGGACAUGUAUACCAGUAAAGGCCAAAAUGACUACGAACGUAAUUCGUCACAAAAAUAUGCAAAUAAAGAGAUUGUGUUCAAACAGAAUUUAACGCCUUUAAAAAAUUCCACUUAUCAAUACAACACUCCAGCAGCGCCAAGCAAUGGAACUUCGCCUAAAAUGCAGAAUGUCGAGUCACAAAAUCAACAGAAUUACUCGAGUACAGUGCUUACAGAUGCGCGAACUAGCAUCUACAAUGACCAAUGUAAACAAAACAAUCUAGAGGCUGUUGCGACCAAUGAAGUACCUAGAACAGAGGAAAGAAACGAAGCAUCUUCCGCGAGCACACAAGAUGUAAUUAAUCGGAUAUGGUAUGAACGUGUUAAUGGGACUACCACUCCUGCAACAUAUUAUUCACAACCACCCGAGAAUUUGUACCAAAACCCUACCAAUUAUACAGAACGUUAUGCAAGCGCAGCUACUGCCCAGGAAGCAAACCACAGUUUUGUGGCUAUCUCAAAUAGAGUUGUUGCACCAAAAACGCAAACAAACCAAAUGUAUGCUUCAUCUGCAUCCCUAUAUGGGAGUAUAGGCAGUCGCGAAUUAUAUGACAUGGUGGCGCCGACGCCAUCAACUUACUACGGGCAAUUACCUUUGGAUAACGUUGGUGCUGGUAACAGCAUCUUUGCCAACGGAUUAACAACGGCGUCGGCAGCACCUGCAGCCAUUUACGAUGAGGUGGCAUUAGACGAUUAUUUACGUCCACAUCGUCCAGCUCCACUAGCUCCGCCACAGUUAUCUGCACAGCAAAUACAGCGUCGUCUAGAGAAACUAAAGCAACAGCAGGAGAACGGUGGAGGUAACCUUUAUGCACCGAUUCCAUCCGAAUUCACGCGGGAAAAUGAAAAAAUCCAACAAAUACUUAAGGAUUUAGGAUCCGCUGCACAAGAAGUAGAUGUGCGCAAUGCACUUAGAGCGGCAAACGGCGAUGCGAAUGCGGCAAUACGACACUACAAAAUCGAUCAACUCUCUAGACUUGGCCUUGCCAAUCGUUCGCAGUGUGAGCAAGCAUUACAACAAACUGGAUGGAGCUUGGAGCUUGCUGCUGCUGUUCUAUUAGAGAGUACUUCAUAGAAUGUUAUGAAUAAUCGAAAUAUUCCUAAAAUCAUCAAUUCAUCAUUCCAAUCGCAUCACAUUUUCAAAAUUAGAUGAACCUUUUUCGAUAAUGCAGCAUAUGCAUUAAAAAAAUAUAUCCACCAUGAAGUAUCAUCAGCUCUAGUAAUCAUCGAAUACAAGAUAUUACGUGUUGUUACACACAGCGUCAUUAGCCGUCCUUUUUUUGGAGCAAAAACGUAAAUAUUCAAAAUACCUGAUAUAUUAAAACUGUUUCGAUUAAUCAGUUAAUUAUAUUUAGUAAUAUGAAACGAAUUAUUUACGAACUAUUUUAUUAACUUUAAUUUAAACGGAAGAAUCGUAAUGAAAUGGAGGAUUAACAGCAAAGGUAUUAGAACAUUUUAAAACAAUGAAUAACUUCUUACUAUACCAAAAUUAAAAUACAUCACAAGAAUGAAUAUAUACACAUAUAAAAAUAUGUUUUAAGCUAGCGAUUAAAUUAAUGUAUGUUAUUUGGGACAGCAAGUACCUAUAUACAUACAUAUAUAUUAUAUAUGCAAAUCUUUUGUGUAAAACAUAAGAAGCGAAAAACGUCACAUCGCGUAUAACUUAUUUAUUAUAUCAAACUGAACAAAUUAUAAAAUAUGUUUGGGUGAACUUUAGUCACAACUUUUACGAAAAGACCCUUUUUAUAUAACGCCAAUAGAUACCAAUUUUAAAUUUAAUAGGAGGUCAAUAAAAAAUUUAACCAGUUGACAAUUAUGUGGUUUAUACCACAUUUGUAUGUAUAAAUCAAUCUUGUAUACAUAUUUGUAAUGAGUGAUGUGAAUAAAAACUAUCUAACUGAAAACAAGUCGAAGAUGAAAAGGGGUUUAGUUUCUAUAGCAAAAAAAAAUCAAAUACUCACCGUGCACUUUCAAAACAUUUAACAAAAUUUCUUUCAACAGGC